AUGGCUAACAUGGCAAUUACGAUGGCUGAUAUUAAUAAAUUAGAUCGGUCUGUUAACCAGGUUGCUGUUGAACGUACAAAACAGCGUGACAUAGAAUCUAGUCAGGUAGCUGCAGCGGUGUAUUGGACCUGUGACGAUGUGGCAAAUUUUAUUGAAUUGUUAGGUUUUCCACAAUAUAAGGAAUGUUUCCUUCGAAAUAAAGUCGACGGUCGUCGGUUGAUCUGGUGUGAUGCAUCACAUCUAAAUUUAUUGGGUAUUAACGAGUUUAAACAUAUAAUAUUCAUCGCAAAAAGUAUACGUGAACUCUUACAAACAGAAACGCCCUAUUGGAAUCGCAGCAUUUCUCUGCCAUAUUGUGAAGCAUUAGGGCGGUAUUUAGAGCAACGCAGCGUUGUAGGACGAAAAUCUGAUGAAUUAGAUUUUGCCACCUACAGUUUCGAUACUAAAAAUGCCAAAUUUGAACCAGUUUUGACAAAUCAAGGAGUUUUGUAA